AUGCAUGCAUGCAGUCGCCUCGAGGAGACUUUUGGGGCUUUCCCGGGACAAAAAGAAGCAGAAGAACUCACUUUGGAACAAAUCGACAAACUUAUUCAGAAGGCCACAUCUCUGGGGGCCCCCUCGGAGGGGCCCCUCGAGGAGGGGGCCCCCCUGGGGGCCCCCGAGGGGCCCCUAGAGGAGGGGGCCCCCCUGGGGGCCCCCGAGGGGCCCCUCGAGGAGGGGGGCCCCCUGGGGGCCCCUGAGGGGCCCCUUGAGGAGACAGCGCCCUAG